ACUUGGCAAAAGCCAUGGAUAUGUUUUGUAAACAUACCGCCCCAAAAGAUUUCCCUUCGUGAACACGACCAGGGGAUGCAAGGCUGGUACAACAAAAUCCAUCCUUCACUGAGCUCACAUAACCAGCUAGGCACCAUGAAUGUAAAAAGAAUAGAAAAGGCUGUUUGGGGGUGACUUUGGGCACAAGCAUGAUUCCUCUUUUAUUUCAUUUUGUUAUCAGCAUCACAGUCAUACACGCAUCUUCAAAACGUGAUGCACACAGCGUUAUUUUAAGCUAACAAAGAAAGAUGUUUCAUUUGUAGAGAGUGGUGACCCUUGACCGAUGCUACUGAGCUAAACUUGCAGGGUCUGUAAGUCUACUGUGCUUUACUUCUACCUCCAACUGACAGCAAGAUGCAUCUCCACUGAGGUGCACGUGGUUUGAAGAGAGGUGACAGCAGCCCAUGGUCUAGAGACAAGAAACCUCAGGACUGCAAGGGAGGGGAGUUUUCUGGUAUGAGGUAGGAUGAUACGGAGCAUGCCUAAAUCCUGAGAUGUACAAAGAAAACUGCCGCACUUAGUGAGAAACGACCCUGCAAACCCAUCUCCCUGAACUGGCAGAAAUUUAUGCACAGAGAAAGUGGGAAAAGAAAUCAGAGUUAGCUCCUUGGUCCUCCUUCAUGACUCACAGUGUAGGUAUAUCUUAAAGUUAAGCGCUAAGAAAGGAGGAACAAUGCAUCUAAUACUUCAGUAAAACCUCUUUCUGGUUUCUCCUAAGGUUCUGUGACAGCUUCUGCACUUCGGUCCUGGAACCAAACGCAGAUCACACUAUUCUGGGUUGCAAACCUCAGACGCCCAUAAACACCAAAAAGAAGCUACAUGAAGAGAGAACAAAGUUUCUUUGAUGGGUUUAGGCACUUCUCACCUUAAAUCGAAGAGUUUAAAGUCAAUUCCAGCUGUCCUGAAUUGUCUCCUGCUUAUAAAGAGCCUGACCUUUUCUGCUUGUUUAUUACUUUCUCAAGAUGAAGCACCCAAUGGUUACAGCAAUGCUUGUAGUACUGGUGCAGGUUUCUCAGAGUUUCCCUGCCUUGUACCACCGAGGUUGGUGGAAGCUGUUACGAGAAGCGGAGAGUUGUGGAAAAUGUAAUUUGGCGCUUUGCUCUGAGCCUAAAGACUGUCCAGCCGGGACAGUAUUGGACCGUUGCGGUUGCUGUUCUGAGUGUGGAAACGCGGAAGGUCAGAUCUGCGACUUGGAUCAGGGCAACCAUUUUUAUGGGCAAUGUGGGGACAACCUCGAGUGCAGGCUGGAUGCUGAUGAAGCAAGGUUUGGGGAAGUCCCUGAGCCCCAGUGCGUAUGCAAGUCUCAAGAGAGCAUCUGUGGACCUGAAGGGAAAACCUACGAGAACAUCUGUCAGUUCAACAAGGCUUAUGCUACAAAAAGAAAUAUCAGCAUGAAACAUAAAGGACCCUGUGAAUCAGCUCCUGUUAUCUCUGUGCCACCGCAGGAUGUCCAGAAUUUCACAGGCAAUGAUGUAAUUUUUGGCUGCGAGGUGUCAGCCUAUCCUAUGCCACAACUUGAAUGGAAAAAAAAGGGGAAUAAAAUGUUUCUGCCAGGAGAUGAUGCCCACAUCUCAGUACAGUCAAGAGGUGGGCCUCAGAAGUAUGGUGUGACCAGCUGGCUGCAGAUUCAAGGUCUCAAAAAAUCAGAUGAAGGCGUUUACAUCUGCCACACCAAAAAUAAGUAUGGAGCAACAUACGCCUCCGCAAGACUGAAAGUCAUUGAUGGCUCAUCUCCUGCACUUGCUGGCAGUAAAAGUGUAAGCUACAGUGUUGAAUAUGAAGACUAUUACGACCAUUCUGAUGAUGAAGACGAGGAAGAAUAUGAAUCUGGGGACUAUGAGAACUGAAACAACUCUAAAUAACAAUUUUUGUUGUCCAAUGUCUUUCACAUUCUUGUUAUAUUUACUAGUAGUCCCUAUGUUGUAAAUGGCUCCUCUGAUAACACACAUAUUCACUUGCGUAUCGAGCUUCCUGAAAUUCAGCUUUGGCUGAAGUGUAUCAUGCUACUUACCAGAAAUAAGAACAUUUGUAAAUUCAUACAUUUAGACUGUUAAAUAAAAUCCUUAAACAUGCACCUGCCUACUAAGUAUACUGGAGGGAUCAAAUUCUAUAUUAAUUUUUAAAAUGCAAAUUAUAAUUCCUUUCAAGCAUUCUAAUUUGUCUACCAAAACCAUCCAGAAUUUGUACCUUGUGUCAAUUUCCUUUUUCUGUAACGUACUAAGAAAUAUCAAGAAAUUGUUCACAUGGCAACAAGCCUAAGUAGGAAGGUUGCAAAGGAGUCUUUAGUCUCCCUAGUUUGUAUUUUCUCAUAUGUUUCGGCAAGAUUUUCCUUCUCAUUUCGAAGUUUCCAUGGUUAGUCUCAUCAAGGGCAAAUUAUUUGUCUUCCGGGGGGUUGUUUACUUUUAAUAGAUACAUGAAGCAAUCACAGUGCUGUUUUACUAACAAUACUCAAAAAUACCCAGAGAAGGCAUCUUGUGCAUUCAAACACCUAAGCACACCUUUUGACUCCUUUUUGUAACAGCUCCUGCGCUAUUCCCAGACAGUGCCAACUCCUUCCCACCAGCUUACAGUUCAAGAUUUAGGAUCGUUCUUUUUACUCUGAACAGAAUCACACUUAGUGAGAAUUACUGUAGUUUGAAGAAAGCAGCUGUUUUGCAGCUCAGUGCGUGCCCUUCAAACACAGCGAUUUUCACAACAGACCCAGUUAUUCAUCCUGUGUCUUCCAUCAUCCAAGACUUACUCCUGCAGCUGACCCAAUCCAGCAGUGCGACACUUCAAGAAAUGGCAGACAGAAAAGCAGGCAUCGUUUGCUUCCUGAAAACAACCAGAACAGACUUGCAUUUUUUAGACUGGCUCUACCACUUCUUGAUCAGCACGAACCAGACAGCAAAUGAAAUGCUAUUCCAAGCUUCAAGGUGUAAAGUGUUCACCCUGAAAAAUGUCUCCAAUUGCUUUUCUUAACUGAUUACAAGAAGUAAGGCUCUGCCUUAAUGAGUGAUGGAAGACACUGAACUAAGAAACCCACUUUUGGAAGGCCAUUAACACCUCUUGGUUCCUGUUAGCUGAGAAGAGAUAAACAGCAGUAAAUUACUGAAAGAAAUAAACAAAGAAGGAAACAAAAGUUCAGGGGUCUUGAUUGUAAAGCCUUAGUACCUGCAGUCUUCUUUAUCCCAUGCACAAAAACAUGCCACAAUUACCACACACACUGAGGCCACUCAAAGGUAUAUCAAUGAUGUUAAGGCAGCUUUAAGGGCAACCUUGCUGUAUGCAUAUGCAUACUGCAUAUAUUUUUUAACGUGUAUACAGAGAAUCACAAAUUUCUCCUUUAAUGGGCUGGUUUGGGCUUUUUUUCCAUUAGGCAGGUUUUUCCUUUCAAUUUAAAUUAUGUUAAGAGAUUGGCUAUUGUUUGCCCUGAGGUUUUAUUGAUCUUUGUCCAGGUAGCAAACAAGCAAAGAGUAAUUUAUUUAGGUUUGGACUUCCUGAAGUAUUGUCAACUUCUGAGUAGAAAGCAUGUCAUUGUGUCAUUGAAAAGACUAAUUAGUUUUAAUUCGAAGUAUGAAAUGGCUUCAUGUUUAACUACUGAUUUUGUUGUUAUGGGCUCUUCCUGGUCUUGUUAGUGAUAUUUCUGAUAACUUUUUUUUUGCUUAUCAACUAUAUAUUAACUUGAGCAUAAAAUUGUCUGAUAGAAAUCACUGAUUUCUUUUUUCUUAGAUAGGUAUUUUUAAUGGAACUAUUUAAUCUGCAGAUGUAUACUCAAUUUUGAUCUGCAUUGCAAAUGAAUGAAUUAGACUAAUAAAACAGUCACUAAGAUGUGGCAAUAGAUACUGACAUAGACUACUAUGUGGCACAGGAAAUAAUCUUGAAAUCAUUAGCCACAGAUAUAAAUGAGAAUUCUUUAGUGCCUUUUGCUGUUGUUAAUGUAGAAAACUAAAAGAAAAGAAUGUUUGAGAAAAUUUGUAGCAGAGCUGUUUCAGAUACCAGUG